AUGCGGUUGGAUAGCUGGACGGCCCCGACAGCGAAGAUAUCCACCGAUAUCAUCACCGCCUCCGCCUCAAAGCCGCCAUUGGAUCAGCAGACGCCACGACAUGCAACGCGCUCAUUUCGGAUGAUUAUCACGGCGUUUAUGCUGGAGCCUGACCACAAACCACUGCACAAGCCCGAAGCCUUCCUGGCCAUCCUUUCCGAUCAGGAGGUUGGGAUGGGGCAUCCCUGUCCAGCAGCAGUCAAAUUUGGACCCGAAAUGUCAUCCAACGUGUACACGCCGUUGGGUGACUCCACCUACCUCCUCCUCACACCGUUCUACAUGCCGAGCGACAAGGGGGAGAUAUGGGCGGUGGCAUUCUCUAGCAACAGCGCCACGCUCGUAACGGCGGGCCUCAGUGUCAUCUUCACUACAAUUUUCAUGUGCCUUUGGAACAUCAUCUGCACCCUGGCCCUGCUUUGCAACAAGGGGACGGGGCGGCGCAGGUUCGUGGCGCUGGUGACCCUCUGGAACUCCAACGAGCCCUGGUUUGCCUUUUGGCAAAUGUGCGCCUACAGCGUGCAUUGCUGUUCCGUAAAGAUCUCGGAAACCAGUGCGGAGAAAUUUUUUUUAAAUCGCGACCGCUGGUACGGUAUCGGCGCCGCCGCCCUCGCCUUUGUCGUCUACGGAGCAGCCCUUGCACUCGGUAUCGUCGGCCCGUCGCUGCUGGAGAUAGGCAGCGUCGCCCCAGCACGGCCGAGCAUCCUUUUCUAUCCGGCCGCUGCGACCAACAGCCAAGAGAACAUCCAGCGAUUCGGACUCCAGGCUCCCGGGUCCAUGCGCGCUCUCGGGAGCGUGGAGGCUGCCGAGGUCACGGUAGCCCAAAGGGUCGUUGUCGAUGCCAAACCGGACCCGACCAUCACGGACCAGGACAAGCAGAUGCUUCGGAUGAACUACGGUUACUCACUUACCGGCGUCGAUUUCGGCCUCCAGCACGCACCCUAUCUCGAGUUAGCGGUUCGAGGUAGUUGCGUUACCGAAUACGGAUGGCUCGCGAGACCGGCCAGGAACAACUCGCAAGAGGAGACGUACACUUUAUGGGGGGGUGAAAUGAACGUCACCAUCCCCCUCGGCAACGCCGACAUCAGAUAUGCUCCAAGAGUUUCCUUUAUAAACCGCCCCGCGGCCGUCCCCGACAACGGCAACGUUUCCUUUGCUAUUGUCGUCGCCGCGGCGCACCGAGCGAGCAUCAGCGAGGGGUCCGACCCAUGGUACGUGACGGAGCGCCGUCCGGAUACCGCGCCGCCCACACCGAUGAAUGCCAGUUUCUGGAUGAAGCCCGGAAGACCGGUCCUGUCGUGCUGGCAACAAGAUAGCUGGACCCAUGGGGGGCAGACUGUCUAUAAUCCCGGUCAGCUCAACAAGCUCCCCGGCCUAAACGUGCCAACCUCGCUGCUUUCGGUGCUUAAAAGCGCCUUCAACGUCCCGAUGCUCGUCACGCUCGGCACCGCCAGCGGGGAUUCGGCGCUCAGGUCCCGGACCACGAGCCCCAACGGCGUUAUCGACGCCAAAGUAUCCAGCAUAGAGGGCGACAUGCGGCGCUUGAUCAUUGGGAGCUUCGUGGCAUCGCAGAGCGUCUUGACGGACGCCACCAUGUACGGCACCGGCCAGACCUACCGCAACGCCCUCCGGGGCCCGAACGGGCAGCCGGCUGACGGCGCCGGCGAUUUCGUCAUCUCGGACCCGGGCAUCCAAACAUUCCAUCUGGGUGGCAUGAUUGCCCUCGUGGUGCUCCUGGCGUUUCUGCUGCUUCUAUCGUCGAUCAUGGUCGGAGCCCGCCACGUCCUCGGCCCAAACUACAACAACCAGAGCGGGGAGGAGCAUUUGCAGGAAUCGAGUGUCUGGGAUCGACUUAGGGUCUUGUCGGCUGCCCAGCUGUUCCGCUGCGUCUACGAGCCCAACAACGGUAUACUGGACGACUGGCGGUGCACCAAUCUGCCGGGGGAUGGGGGGGUUUCCCUGGCUGCGUGCGACAAGGAGGCCAAGCGGGGUCCGUUGGAGUUCAGCACCACGACCGUGGAAGAAGAAAGAGAGAAUGAGGGUGCUUUCUCCGGCACUGGGCACGGCUCCAUUAUCGAGGGCGUAUUUUAG